UAACUUUAGAUUUGUGUCAGCUCCAGCUGUCAGCCUGGCUUGAAGCUGCAGCCUUACUAGCAGCCUGUGUCUGUGAAGCCAUGGCAUCAAGCGAUGAUGAAGGUUCUGUGGAAGAGAAGGAACAUACCAAGAAAAAGAUCGGUCCUUUGGCCACAGCAUGGCUCACCUUUUACAACAUUGCCAUGACAGCUGGAUGGCUUGUUCUUGCCAUAGCCAUGAUCCGAUUUUAUGCGGAAAAAGGAACACACAAGGGUCUGUAUAGAAAUAUACAGAAGACACUUAAAUUUUUCCAGACAUUUGCUUUACUUGAGCUGGUCCACUGUGCACUGGGAAUAGUGCACACAUCGGUGCUAGUAACAGGGGUCCAAGUCAGUUCAAGGAUCUUCAUGGUCUGGUUUAUUACAAGCAGUAUAAAACAGGUCCAGAGUGAACACGGCGUUCUUAUUUUUCUUGUCGUAUGGACUGUGACAGAGAUCACGCGAUAUUCCUACUACACAUUCAAACUUCUCAACCACUUGCCAUACUUCAUUAAAUGGGCCAGGUAUAAUUUAUUUAUUGUUUUGUAUCCUGUUGGCGUUGUGGGGGAACUGCUAACUAUUUAUGCUGCUCUGCCCCACGUGCGGAAGAGUGCAAUGUAUUCUCUGAGACUUCCCAACAAGUACAACGUCUCUUUCGACUACUACUACUUCCUGAUCAUCGCAAUGUGUUCUUAUAUACCACUGUUUCCCCAACUGUACUUCCACAUGCUGCGCCAGAGGAGGAGAGUUCUGCACGGAGAAGUCAUCGUGGAAAAGGACGACUGACCCAAAUCAUUCAAUCCUGGAUAUCCUUGUAUCAUAUACAAUGGACAUUCUUGUUUUUUUAAUCAACUUGAAACUAUUGUUAUCAACUUUAUAUGUUCCAUUUUUCCUGCUCUGUCCCUUUCCCUCUUUUUUUUUUAAGAUAUAAACCAAUGCCCACAUCAAUACCCUCAU